CGGAGGGAUCGGUGUCGGUUUUAUUAUGCUCAAUUUGAUCAAUAAUUGCCAAUCUAACCGGUCGGAUCCAUGGUGAAGAGAAAGAAGACGUCGCCUACUACCGAAGAGUACGAAAAUGGCAUGACACCGGGCUCCAGGGAGGGGAUCGGUGUCGAUGGGAGGAGGAAUCCGUCCAGAAAGCCCGAAGGUUGCGACGAGGAGGAGAGCGGAGAGCAGGCGAGCGAGGAGCGCAGUACAAAGGGAGACGACGGAGUGGAAAUUCUUAAUCCAUCAGCCACGGCUCUCAGCCCCGGUUCAGCCCCGGUCCUCCCCGCCUCUCCGCCGAACCGAACCGGGGUAGGCUCGACCCAGCAACCCCAGACCUCAGCGGAGCCCGUCCCUCCGUGUCACGACCAGCAUCAUUUUCUCCGAUCAAGCGUUCGACCUCCGAGUAAACGGAUCCGGAAGGAUUCAAUCGGCUCAACCAUCAAUGGACAUGGCGGGGCAAAAUCGAAAGGCGCAGAGAAUGGCUCUUCCUCCCAGGGGGCAGUGGGACAGUCGGGGCCUAUGGCCAGCUCCACAGGGGGAGUAUCCAAGGCAUCCAAGGGCCAAGGGUCUGCUGAAAAGGAGGAGCAGGCUGGUAACCAGAAAAGGGCCCGUCGGCAAUGGGAGUCUUGGAGCGCAGAAGACAAAAACAGCUUCUUUGAGGGGCUCUAUGAGCAUGGGAAGGAUUUUGAGGCUAUCCAGAACAACAUUGCAAUGAAGUACAAGAAGAGAGGCAAGCCAGCUAACAUGGUGAAGAACAAGGAGCAGGUCCGCCACUUUUACUACCGCACCUGGCACAAGAUCUCCAAACACAUUGACUUUGCCAAUGUGUACUCCAGAGUGCUGAAGAAAUCCUCUCAAGAACUUUAUGGUCUCAUUUGCUAUGCUGAGCUCCGCAAGAAAGUUGGAGGAUUAAUGGAUGAUAAGAAUGUGGCAAAGCUGAAUGAACUCAUCCAGCAAGGGGCCACCACUGUGCGCUCAAAAGGGAGGAACUUACGAAUCAAAGCACCCAUGUGCCGUGCACUGAAGAAACUUUGUGACCCUGAUGGAGUGAGUGAUGAGGAGGACCAGAAGCCGGUGCGCCUACCCCUGAAGGUGGCAGUGGAGCUACAACCACGCAGUAACCACUCCUGGGCCCGUGUUCAGAGUCUAGCCCACAACCCUCGCCUCAGGAUGGUGGUAGAGCUCCACAGGAAAGUUUCCAGCCUCAUUGAGUAUCUGAAACAGAAGUGGGCGUACCAGGACCAGCGCAUUCUUAAGAGUCUCAUGGAGAGAGAGGCUCUGGAGGCCAGCCAGUCCAGCACAGCGUCUCCCAGCAAAUCCCAGCCAGAUGAGCUUUUUCUUUUCCCUGCUGAGAGCAGCACCUUGACCACACUGCCUGGUGUUGCACGUGUGGUUCACUCCAAGGCCUCCUGCACUGUACACUGGCUAGAAAGUGGCAAGAACCGGCCUAACGCCAAGGAAUUGCCAGCCGCUCAGAUCCUGGGCAUCCACGCAGCUCCUCCAUCUCGGACUGGUACCAAAUCUGGACGGGGAAGUGCUGCUGCUGGUGGUUUGGUGACUGUAUUGGGUGAUAUUCGUCGAACUGAGCCCCCUAACUCUGAACCUUCACCAGACAGUUCUGCAAAGGUAGAGGACAAGCGACCUCUGUCAGUUUCUGUCCCUGCUUCCUCUCAGCAGACUGUGGCUCCCAGAGAAGAGGGAAUUGGGGUGGGACCCUCUGAUGGGGGCAAAACCUGCACUGGCGUGGAGGCCAGUGGUGGAUUAGCAGUGGUCAAAAGCACGGAGAAGUUGUGUACUGGCGUAGAGAGCACAGAGUGCAAAGAGGAGCAGAACACCAGCACUGCUUCCCCAGAGGCCAACCAGACUCCUCCAACCAAACCUCUGAUGACUGGCUCAGAGGAGGGAGUGUCGCAGGGCUCUGCACCAGCAGCCAAAGAGCGGUCUGUGGAGCAGAUCAGAGAGGAGGGCUGGAGUGCCCGUGACGCAGAGAAUGUCACCCUGGCUGAGCUCUACCUGAUGUUUGGGAAACCUGGCAAGCUGCAGCUGGAGUACGAGUGGCAGCCCAUCGCAGCUCCUUCCAACAGCCAAGAAAAUGGACAAGCCUUGGCACAGGCCAAGCCCAACAGGACACACCGUGUUUUGCGCUGCCUGCUCAAACUGGUUGCCACUGAGGUCAAUCCUAAACCUUUGGCACCAGAGCUGUGCUCCACAGCCACAUCACCGCUCAAGACCCAUCACGAGGAACAAAACCAGGCCCUCACGCCUCCAGGAAAGGGGCCCAUAGCAGGUGUCCGCAGCCCCAGCUGUGGCAGGCAGCAGGCCUCUGUCCGAGGGGCCAGGUUACACCUGGCAAAUGCUGGAGCCUCAGGUGGACGCAACCUUCCCCGCUCUCUGCUUGGGUCGUCAGUUAGCAGUGACUCAGAGGGCGGUGUGUUCGCGGUACCGACCACGCUGCCCCCCAACAGCUCGCGGCACAACAGAAUGUUCUCCCCCAACAAGGAAGCUGAGCUAGCCUUCAGACAGCAGUUGGACUCUAUCAGUAUGCAGUCAGAUCUUUUCCUGUCUAGACAGAGAAAACCUCGGAACAGGCAACUUCGGAAACCACUUGUAGUUCAGCGAACACUGCUUCCCCGAACUACAGGAGAUACUCCUCAGCAUGUCUGCUCCUUCUCCAUCCUCUCCAACUCAUCAGCCACAGGGACUGGAUCUUUCCGGCCAAUCCAUACUCGCCUGGCUCCUUCCCCCCGGCCCCUAAUUUCCAAAGUUUCCCCUGUAGCACCCAGCUCUGCAGCGGCCAGUCAGCUCUCCAGUGCCAUUGACCUGGCAGCUAAGUCUGCAGGCAUCAUCCCUGGCAGUCCCUGUCGAGAGCUGGAUUCUCCUACUGUCGAUAACAGCACUCUGCUCGCCACCACACCUAUUGCUGAUGCUGGACCAGACUCUCAACUCCUCCAGCAAAAUGUCCCAGAGAAUGGUGUGCCUCCACCGUCUCCUGGAGUGACCGGUGGUGGAGACUCACUCCUCUCUCCACCCAGCGUAGCCUCACUCCUGGACAUCUCUCUGCCUGGCCCCCCUGAAGAGGCUCUAGUCCCCGGAGAACCUCAAACACACAUCAGUGACUCCAUCAUUGAGCUUGCCAUCAACUCUGCCCACUAUGGUGAGGAGGCAGCGCUUUCUCCGGCCAAGCUGAGCAACAACGAUGGCUCCAAACUGUUGACCUCGUCUCCCUCAGUCAGCCCGUCCCGAGGCUGGAUCCCAUCACCCAGCCACGACCCCCAGUGGUACCCCAGCGACUCAUCUGACUCCACGUUGGGAUGCCUUCUCUCCAGCAUGGUCUCUCCUGAUAAGGGCCGGCGGACCACCCUAACUCCCUCUGGCCCCUCCAGUGGCACAGCUUUGCUUGGUCCUAGCCUCCUGGAUUGCAACUCCCAUGAUUCCUUUCAGUCCCGUGGCCUUCCUGAUGUGGCAGAGAUGGACUCUCAGCUGGCUUGUAUGAUGAGUGAGAGCAGCGUGGACUACAUCGCUCGCUUCAAUGAUCUGGCUCAGGAGCUGGCUGUGACCGAGCCCUCCAUCCCGCCACCCUGAGGAAGCGAGGACGUGGCCCCACCGAACCAUGGCCAUCUGGAGGACACGAGUCGCUGAGUGACCGGAGGAUGGGUUCCUCCUCGGUGUCUAGACUGUUGGCCUGUUGUCACUUCUACACUGAAAGGACGGUCGUGGAGAGAGGCCAGCCCCUAAAAGCCAUCCCUGCCCUGUUUAUAAAAGUGCAAUAAUAACGGUGAACCCUGACCAUUGUGCAAAGCGAGUUCAAAAAUGCGUUGGUUUCACUGAACUGUUCUUUAAGGUGAAAUGCCCUUUAAAAACAAACACUUUAGAAAAACAAAAGCGUUUACAAAACACAACCUCAUGUACAGGAAAAUACUAUGCCAUAUCUGAACAAAAUAUUUUCACUGAUCUUGUAUGUCUCUUCCUGCUCUUUGUGUGUGUGUGUGAGUGAGUGAGUGAGUGUGUGUGUCUGCUCUCUCAAAUCGACCCCCAAAAUGUGUAAAUCCUCCAUAAUGUGCAGUUCAGAUUCCCGUUGGUGGCAAACAGCUGUUGCAAGAGGAUUUUGAAACUAAUGGCAGUGAGAAAAGAGACUGAAUGUGGUGAGAUACUUCAUACAGUCUCUUCAGUGGCCUCCAUUGCAAAAGUGGAGCACAACACAGCAGGGCAGGUAGACGUAAAAUCCUUUGCUCCUGCCCUUCAUUUCAUGUGCUCUUCAUCUCAAUCAGUUCAGGUUUUAUUGGUUGAAUUUUAGGAACAUAGCCUGCCAUGUGUGUUUGGAAUCAGGUUCUUCAUUUCUUACAGCCACAUGCAAAAUGGCAGCUUUUUGUUGGGUGGCCACAUUUGGUAGUCGCUCUACAGAUGUGAUCAUCUGCAGCUACUACCCUUGAAUUUUGUGCUGAAAUCAUAUCAGAGUUCAAACUCCAUUGGCAGUUGCUUCAUUAAAUUUUCAUCGCUUUUAAUGUUUGUUGAGGUAAUAAUACAGAUUGAAAUGGCCUUUAGGUUGGUUUCUUGGUGCAUAAACAGAUUGCAAAGAAAUAUCAACUUCAUUCUUUUAUAUAUUUAUUUAUCUUUCUCAUUUUUAUAUGUUAAUUGUAUACCAGACAUUUAGUUUUGGUCUAUUUUUUAAAAAAACUUUUCACAAUAAAUGGGAAUCUUAUGACUCAACCACAGAGAAAAUAACAACAUUGCUCAUUUACCUGAGCUCUUUUGCCCAUAAUGUGAUCAACUAUAUAUUCACUUUAAAUAUUUGACUAAAAUUGAAAAUGUCUUGGGUACUUCUAAGUUCCCGGUAGUAUUACACUCCGGUUAAACUCCACAAGAGUGAGCAGUAAGGAAAUCAAACACUAAAGCCAUAGUUAACACUCCGCUUACUCUAACAUUUUUUUUAAGUUGCCGUCAUUCUUUAAUCACUAGUAAAACGCUCUGAUUGGUUGUGUUUAAAACAUUAAUUGCCCAUUAAUAAGUAUUGACACUGAACACUGUGGCUAUUGUCAACAUGAUUGGCAUAUAAACAUGUUCAUCAUCCCUUUAACAUCAGCUCAUUCUGUAUGUGAUAGUUUCACUGUGGCUCACAGUGACUACGCACAUACCACGUUCAGUCCAAACUCAUUGCAUUCAGAUGUUCUCUAACUUUCAAUUAACCAGCAUCAUCAAUAUGCAGUAUUGUAAACAUCUUGUCUCAUCAACAUGUUAAACUUCAUCUCUGUGAGUGUAAAUUGUUGGAGAGCUCUUAUUGUCAUUCCAAAAAUGGGAUUUAAAAUGUUGGUCUCCUUCAGCACCUUGGGGGCUUUGACUCUACAAUGUAAAAGCUCUUGUGAUGUUUAUUUGUUUAUGUGAAAA